AAAAAAAAAAAAAGGAACAAAAGAAGAAUCCCAAUCGAAACACUAACAGCACCAAACAAACAGACCUGUCGGAUCCGGAAAAACAGCCCUAAUGCUCGCAUUAUGCCGAGCUCUCCGAAACGAGUAUAACAUCGCAGCAGUGACCAACGACAUUUUCACCCGCGAAGACGCCGAAUUCCUCAACCGCCACAAAGCCCUCGCGUCCAAGCGCAUCCGCGCCAUUGAAACGGGUGGCUGCCCGCAUGCCGCCGUGCGUGAGGACAUCAGCGCGAACCUCCUUGCGCUGCAAUCCCUCCACAAGCAAUUCCAGACGGAUCUCCUCCUGAUCGAGUCUGGCGGUGAUAACCUCGCGGCCAACUACUCGCGGGAGCUGGCAGAUUUCAUCAUCUAUGUUAUUGAUGUCGCCGGAGGUGAUAAGGUGCCCCGGAAGGGUGGACCGGGCAUUACAGGGUCGGAUUUACUGGUGGUGAAUAAGUGUGAUUUGGCGGAUAUUGUUGGCGCCGAUUUGGGGGUGAUGGAGAGGGAUGCGGCGAAGAUGAGGGAGGGGGGUCCGACUGUGUUUGCCGAGGUGAAGAAUGGGAAGGGGAUGCAGCAUAUUAUCAACUUGAUUAUCAGUGCAUGGAAGGGGAGCGGGGCUUAUGAACAGAGUUUGGAGAGGUGGAAUGCUGGGGUUCCCAGGGGUUCUGGAAGUGUGGAUGAACAGUAGAUUAUGAUCUAUGGUUUUUCUCGUAUGAGAGAUGUUUAUAAAUGUUUGCUGGUGGUCUAUUCACUACACAGAAAAGGCGUAAGCUUGAAAGAAAACUUUUUUAUGAAAUCCCAUAUUCCACACCCUUGACCAACGCCUC